AUGACAGACUCAACGCCACCUCAGGUCUCGGACCAAGCAAGUACGACUCCAGCCGCAUUCGACAUUGACCUGCCAUUCACCAGCUACGAUGCCUCGCAUCCGCUCGAUUUCUCCUCUCGUCCCUCUGAAAAGAUCGAUGGAUUCUGGUACAUCAUCGGAUCGUCCCUGCCGCUUUGGAAGUCCAAGAAGAACGUCGUGAUCCGCUACAUUCCUCAUCCCGGUGCUUCUGGAGACGAGGUCAAGUUUACUGACGAGAUCCGAUCCGAGCCGCGCUCCAAGACGGCUGACGGCGAGGUUGUGCCGCCUACUGGACUGUUGUCCAAGUGGAAGAAAGAUGAGAGCUGGUUCAACAAGGCUUUUGGCAUAAAGGGUACCAAUGUUCUUCAGAAGGACGCCAAGAAUGGCGCAUCCUACCAGUGGACAGGCAACGGCCUGCUCAAGUUCUUCCACUCCAAAUGGCAAGUCAUUGGCUACGGCCCGUACGACCUGACCGACACCUCGCGCACCCAGUUCGACUGGCUGGUCACCUAUUUUGAGAAAACACCCGCCACCCCGGCCGGCAUCGACCUCUACGUACGCGACCCGCGCAACAUGCCCACCGCCACCUCGCACGCCAUUCUCGAGCAGAUGAAGGCGCUCAAGAGCAAGUACGAAAACGACCCGGAACCCAAGAGGAGGCAGCUGGCGGCCGAGUUGUCCAAGCUGGCCGAAGAGUAUUUUGAGAUCCCGCACGAUGUGUAG